CAUCGGCGCCCGCGACGUACGGACGUGUCGAGCGAGACGUGUCGAGAACGCGAGCCGUGUUACCGUGCACGGUCUCUUGCGGUUUUUUCGGGGCGGACAAACGCGUGCGCGAAGACGAACUGAGCGUCGAACGGAUCGCGCGAUUUACGGAGGGAAGGAAAAGCUUGCUCCCGGUAGGACGGUGAAUGUGAUUGCGGUGUGAUUAUAUAUAUAUAUAUAUAUACACGUACAUAUAUAUCGUUUGCUGCGGUGCGUCGGGAAAGCAGUAAUAAGUGCGCGGGAGAGAAUCCGACGCGAAGACAGAUUGUUCGAGACGAUCGAGUGAUUCAUCGGUUCCUUCGUGUUUGCGCUCGUUGAAGUGUCAGCGCGAACGCGCAGUGCGGGAGUACCGAACAAAACUGCGGAAGAGGGAACGAGGGGGAGAGAGAGAGAGAUAGAUAGCUAGAGAAAAAGGAGGUAUCGCGAAGACGGUGCGAGACGAGCUCGUGCACGUCGCCGACGAUUCUCAUUAGCUCGGGCUCGCGGAAUCUCAGUGUCACUCAUCGAUAAGUACACGAGAGAGAGAACCGAAGGCGGUCUCUUUGGAGGCUUUCCGUCUUAGUGACGCGACAGCCUACGACGUGGCCCUGCGACAUUCGCCCUACGACGAUCCUUGUGGCGAAUUGCGAACGACGACGCGAGAAAUACGGUCCCAUGAGAGACACCAUCUUCCCGAGGCACAUAACGUCGGAUAUCAAGAGUGCCGCGAAGUGAGGCGUACUCCCGCAGUCGGGCGCGCGCGGGCGAGCGUAACAGUCGCGCGGAGGAGCGUGAAGUUGCACGCGAACGGCGGCAUCCGCGAAUAGGAAGAAGGGACUCGGCCGCGCGCCGGCCAUCGUGAAUUCGUGCAAUCAGACGACGCGAAAGAAACGCGAGACACCCGACGCGACACGCUUUGUCGUGCUGGUUUUUUACGGCAGGCCGGCCGGCCGACCGACCGACCGAUUGAUUGACGCGACGUCGGGAGAGUAUCAUCAUCCUAUGCUGUGAGACAGUGCCUCCCCGGACCGGAUGGAGCUCUCGUGAAAUCGCGGAAGGUGACACGGCGCGUUUGUGUGUUGCUUGCGGCGGCAGUAAACGGCCCGACGACCUCGCACGGAAGCAAGGAGUGGGACGAGCCCGACUUUGGAGCGCCGCUCAAGGAGUUCAACCGGUGGAGCUAUACAUCCUUUGUUCCUGUGAAACAGUGAUCUUCCCGUAGAAGAAAUCAAUAUGGCGAUCGUAUGCAGAGCAGAAUUGUUCACGCUUGAAAUUGUGUAAAGUUUUUCACGAAAAAAGUGAGAUCGAUUGAGCGCGAAGCGUCGAUCGACCAGGGAUCCGGCACCGUCAUCGAUCUUGCCGCGCUGUUGGAUAUGUCGCGAUGGGCCUCCAGAUAGAAGACAGGAACAUUUUGCAGGGCCUAUACGGGUAAUACAUCCUUAAAAGGGUAUCUCUGUAAAUUCCGUCGAACUUGGAAUAUCAAUGAAGAAUCUUAAGGUGCGAUGGAGUCUCGUGGAGCCGGCUUCUACUAUGAGUUGAGGCUUCGUAAUUAAUCGGGACUGGCAUGGAGAAGGAGAACUCCGCAUCGGGCGGAGGCGGUGGGGGCGGCGGGGGUGGCGGAGCUGAAGCAGCGGCCGCGGCGACUCCGGGCGCCACCUCCACCUCCGAGAAACUCCAGGCGGACCAGGCCAAUCCGUUGCUCGAUCCAACUGCGCUCUUCGGCGCAUAUUGGCCUCGGGGCGACAGCGCGGCGUCGUCGCUCUUCGGCGGGAUGCCGGGUGGUUACGGUUUGGGGGCCCACCAUUUGCCAUCGGCUUAUGCUAUUCUGGGCCGAGGGGGCUCAGCGCCUGGCUUCGGGGGCCACACGCCAGCUUCGGCGCCACCCCCGCCCCCGUAUUCCCACAGUAGCCUCGGGACGCUCAGCGUAGCUGCCAGUCAAGCCGCGAGUCUGGGCAUCAAUCCGGCGAGCGCAGCAUGGUGGACAAUGGCCUCUCAUCUGGCGGCGCAGGACUACAUCGCGAGGCUACAAGGAGCGGCAGGACUCCCCGGAUUUCCACCCGGUGCCGAGAGCCUCCUGCCGCCCUAUCCCGCCUCUCUACUUAAUCCCCCGUCCCUCUCGUCCCACAAGUCCAGUAAGUCAAUACCGGGAUCGGGUCGAAGCGGCAGAACGCGAGUUUGUAAUCGCACCGUCCGUUUCCACGACCGAACAGCUAAGUCAAGCAAGAGUCACAAGACGCCAGCCAGCAGUAGUAGCUCGACGACUCCGAGUAUGACGAGCAGCAGUCUACCGGUGUCCACUCAAGCGCCGGUGACGUCCUCUCAUCACAACACCCCCGUCAGCAGCACGCCAAAUUCGCAAACGAAUGUCGUCAGUUCCGCCAAGGAAGGAAGUGAUCCUAGCAGUAUAUUGGGAGGUGUGCGUCUACCUCCCGACACGGAGAUCAUCAAGUAUACGUCGAGUAUAGUCGGCCCGAAGGUACCUGGGACGACGAAUCGCGGCAGGAAGAAGACAAUAUCCUUGGACACUCCCAGUGUCAGCGUACACCCGCCGCCUGUUCCUGCCCUCAGCGGGCAUCAGACGAACACGACGUCUACAUCGUUAAUAAUGGAGCCGAGAAAGUACAAUCGCACGGGGACCGACUCGAACGAGUACCGAGACUCGGUGGAUCGAGUGGAGGUGAUCAAGCUGCCGGCCCAUUCGACCAACGGUUCGGUUCUCUCAGCGCCCACGGCGUACACCACCAGCAGUAACGCCAACAACGUCAACGACUCGGACGCGCCCCUAAAUCUCUCCCUAAAGCCCGCCACGACGAGCAGUAGCUCGCCGAUUUCUGGUAGUCAGCCGCUCAGUCAGCUCAGUAAUUUAAGCCAAUCGUUACUCGCCUCCGAUCGAACGUCGAGACGAAAGCCCGGACCCAAACCGAGAAGAGUGCCGCAGAAUUCGGUGCCUGUACCGGCGUCGCCUAGUCCCUCUUUGGCGCAGCUGUUCGCCGCCGCGGACUCGCCGCAGCGGCCGAGUAGCGGUAGCGAGGAGAGCGAGAGCGCGAGCACAACGCAUCACAAGGACGGCAGGCCGCGGAAUCUUGGCCGCGGCGUGUCGAAACCCAAGAAGAAUACCGUCGCCUCGCUGUUGGCUCAGAGCAGAGCCCUCGGGAUCAAGCCUACUCCGACCUUGGAUCCUAGUGUGCCAUUGUCUCACCAAGUGUCGUUGCUGAGGUCGAAUAUAUUGGCGGCGCAGUUGCACGCCUCCGCCACCGGCCAGGGUGACGAUAAGAAUCAGCGAUCUUUACAGGAAAAAAUGAAGAACAAAUUAUUGGAGGUCUCGGGCGAAGAGAGCAAUAUGGACGUGACCAGCGAGAGCGGUAGCAACACCGACGUUGUCACAGACACCGACGACGACAACGUAGAGGGCACAUCCAGCGCGAAGCGGAGGAAGCUCAAACCCAGCGAGCGAGACCUGCAGAUGCCUCUGGAGCGCGGCUGGAAACGCGAAACAGUUAUCAGGGGACUGGGAAAGACGGGAGUGAUAAAAGGCGACGUGUCGUAUUACAGUCCCUGCGGGAAAACUUUCAGGAGCAGUCCCGAUCUAGUAAAGUUUCUGGAGCAUCAAAACCCCGUUGAAUUGACAACUGCCAACUUUUCGUUUUCUUCGCGUCCGUUGGUUGGCGAGUUCUUGCAACCCACUAUGGGUUUGGCGGAGGCCGAGUUCGUCAGACUUGGGGCCCAGGAGGUGGCAAGAAGACUGGAUGAGCUCCGAGCGGCUGGCGGCUUCAGGGACGUACGGACAAACAAUCAGUAUGAGCGAGACAAACUGGCCUAUGCGAAGAAACUCGCGAAGGAAGAAGCACAACGGCACAAGGAGCAAGCGAGGCUUAUUAAGGAGCAGGAGAAGACGGAGCGGCAGGAAGCCGUGAGACGGGAACGAGAAAUCAGGAAUCAACAGCUGCUCGAGGGUCGAAAGCGGCUCGCGUUCACAAUCAAGCAGAAAAUGAAGAUCAUCCAAGAGAUCGAGCGCGGCAAGAGCAAGAGCGACGUGGCUCGCGAGCUGGGUCUGGCGAGCAGUACGGUUGCCACCAUCUGGAAGAACCGCGAGAGCAUCGCCGAGAGCUGGCGCAACCGGGACAUGAUGCAGCAACCGGACGUCGAGGACGUGCCGAAAAAACCGCCGCCGCCGCCGAUUUCAUCACUGUCAUCCGGCUCGACGACGGCGGCGCUCUGCACCCCGGCGGCGAUAGCGACGACGACGAUCACGACGACGAUCACGACGACACCGCCGUCGACGUCGUUGGCCUCCGUGGUCGUAGCACCGCCGCAGGUGCAGGUAGUACCGCCGCCGCCGCUGCCGCCGCCGCCGCCGCCGCCGCCGUUGCCGCCACCGCCACCGCCGCCGCCGCCGUCCUGCGCUGCUACCUUGAGCCUGCAGUCGACGUCGGUGGGCUUGGCGCCGUCAUCGCAGCCGACGGCGCCGACCUCCACGUCGAACCAGUCGUCGUCGACGACUACGUCGACCGGCACGACGACCACGGCCAUACUGCCGGACAAUACCCAGCAGGCUCAGACCCAAACGCAGAACCAGGAACUUCUGGAGGCGCGGAAAAAGCGGCAGGAAGAGGUGGAGAAGAUCCGACUGGAAGAACAACAAAGGAAGCAACAGGAGCGAGAGCUGAAAAGGCAGCAAGCGGUGAUGCUAAAGGAGCAGAUGUACAUGCAGGAGCUCACCAAGCAGCGCGAGAUGCUCUACACCGUCGAGCUGGAGCGAGAGCGGAGGAGACAGCACAUGGCUCUCGUGCGGGCGCUGGAGAACCGUCGGAAGAUGGAGGAAAAGGAGAAGAAGCGCCUGGAGGCGCGCGCCGAGAGAAUAGCGACGAAGGAGAAGCGAGCGGAACAGAGGAGAGUCGAGAUGGAGCUGAUCGAACAAAUCCGCAAGCCCGUGGAGGAUAUGGAGCUGACAGAUCACAGACCACUGCCAGAAGUCAAAAGAAUACCCGGUCUUAAGCUCUCUGGGCAAGCGUUCGCAGACAUCGUCAUGGUCUUCGAGUUUCUGCAUAAUUUCGGGGAAACUUUAGGAUUCGACAUGGAGUCACUACCAAGCCUAAAGAGUUUACAGCUCGCUCUACUCAACGACGAGGAGGCUGAGGAAGAAAUGCUGUCGGUCAUGACGCAUCUGUUAGUGUGCGCUAUUGAAGAUCCGGGAAUCCCGCAGCCGGCCAGACACACCACAGGUUUAGGCCAGAGUCUGCGCCAAGCCGAUAUCACUCACGCCAACAUCAGCGAAGUCUUGCGAAUCUAUCUGUACGCGAACGCGACCGGCGAAGUGAAGGCACUGACGGGAGUUUGUCUUGAGCGUGAGCGCGACAAGAAGUUCGCCGAUCAUCAUCAGAACGGCGGUGACUAUGCCUCAACGUGUUCGGGGAAGAACGCGCAGUUCUAUGAACAUUUGCAUAACAACGAAACGUGGAAGAUGUCGGAGAGAUUGCGCGACAAGCCUUUCUUGGCGCUGAAUCCAACGCAUAAGGCGCAGAUGCUCGCUUUUCUGUGCAACGAGCUGCUGCAAAACAAGGCUGUGAUCAGGCAGAUAGAAGGUAGCCUCGAGACGGUGGCUCAACUGAGAAAGGAGAGAUUCGUGUUGGACACAAAGAUCAGAAAAUUGAGACAAUUGCACAGUCGAAAAGUGCGAAUGGAAGCUGUGGGUGUCGUCGUGAACAAAAUCGGCGACACGAUCACUAUCGAGAAAAAAGAGGGCGACGAGGAAGGUAAUACUACAUCAACCGCCGUAGGCACGACCCCUACGCCAGAUGAAAUUCACCACGAGGACGAAGUAGAGGACAUGUCUGAAAACGAGAGCGAGGGUACUCAGCCGGAAGAGGAGGAAGAUAAGAAUCUGUCAGGUGAGGAAUUGGGCAAGAAGUUGGACAAAUUGUUGAAGCAAUCGGAGGAACAGCUGCAGAAACUGAAUCAUUCCUCGAAGCAGCUGCGGGCGCACAUUUUCGGUCAGGACAGGUAUUGGAGGAGAUAUUGGGAGCUGGCAUGCGCCGGUGGUAUUUUCGUGGAGGCCAUGGAGAGCGCCGAGCCGGAAGUUCUCGAACUUCAAGCCGAAUUGGACGAGAAGUACAAAAACAUGCCGGUGGAAGAGAAAUCCGAGAGUGUGAAGCAGGAGGACACUAAGACGAACACUGAGAAUCGCGAGAACGAGGCACCUAACUCCGAGGUAAAAGAGGAGAAGAAGCAUAACUCGAGCGAGCAGAAUGAGAACGUGAAGUCUCACAGUGACAAGGAGAAGCCGGAAGAGAUCAACUGCAAGAAGGAGCCUGUGCAGAAUUGCAGCACUGAGAAUUCGAAGAAUACAAAGGAAAUGAGCGAAAAGAGGAACGAUGUAGACAGCACGAUGACGGACGCAAAAACGAAUGUCACCUCGGAGGAGAUCAAGCAAGAGACCGAGGUGGUUAACAUGGAUGUCGAGGUGAAGAUCGAGGAAGUGAAAAAGGAGAACGAGGAAACGGACGAGGAGACAACAAAGCCUGUGGUGGUGAAGACGAUGGAAGAUAAAAUCGUCGAGACUAUACCGAACGGCGAAAAAUACAAUCAUGUAAACAAUCUACACAAUGGGAAAGAGCUCAACGGCACCUUUGUCUCUAUCAUGUCCAUCAUUUCAGACAGUAACACCGAACCCAAUUGGUUCUCUAUCUUGCCGCGUGAGACCUGUGACACUCCGGGACCCAGUACCAAGCAGAUUUUCGGCAUUGCAGAGCCGACCGAGCUUCGAAUUCCCGUGUUCCCGCCGCCAGCUAGUCCGAAUUAUGACAGGUGUGACAGUCCAGCGCCUCUGAUUCUCACGCAAGACGAGGCCGCGCAGUUGGAGUAUUUGAAGGUGCAUGGUUUACCGCCUCCUGGCGAAGCCAAACCGGUACCGAAAGAUCUGAGGCACGGUUGGUGGAGGAUAACGGAUGUCGACACGUUCCAAGAACUCCUCGAGCAUUUACAUUCUCGUGGUGUCCGCGAGAAAGAACUGAAACGCACAACAUGGGCGACGAUGGAGUCCUUCCUAGCCGUGACCGGUCGCAUCAACGUUGACCCUGGCAAUGUCACCGCCACGGAUAUGCAAGUGGAGCUAGACGAUCCUAAUAACAUGCCUCCAAUACCGAAGCCCGACAAUCCGAGUAACUGGAGCGAGCAAGUCGCACUGCGCGUAGACGCCCAGCUUUUAGAGCAGGUGGAAGCUCUUGAAGACAAAGUGGCCAACGCCAGCAUGCAGGUGAAGGGCUGGAAGCUGCCGCCGCGAGCAGGAACUGAGGAGGCCGAUGAGAUCGAGAAAUUGAACGAAAUGGAGAAAAUUAGUGCGGUCGAGCAAGCAAGGCAAAGACUACUUUCGUUGGAGGCAGCUAUAGAGAGGAGAUACUUGAAGCCGCCUUUGGGCGUUUGCACGGGAGAUCCGAACCUGGCAGCCCUCAAGGCGGAACAGGCGGCGGCAGCCGCAAACGCAAACUCGAAUAACUCCGAACAGAAUAGUCAGGCGCCCGUACCGCCAGAGGAAACGACGCCGCGUGGUCUCAACAACUGGCGGGAGGCGACCGCGCGUGCUCACACGUCGGCGCAGCUCGCCAUGGCGCUUUACAUGCUCGAGGCCAGCAUCGCUUGGGACAAGAGCAUCAUGAAGGCUGUGAGUCUAACAACAGCUAGAAACUCGGUCUGCGUCAAGCUACGAAACCGCUGCGUCUCACUCAAAGCUACCAAUCAGUACAAUCAGCUAUUGACUACUUCUCAGGCCUCUAAUUGCCAGUUUUGUCAUAGUGGGGACAACGAAGAUAAGUUGCUGCUCUGUGAUGGUUGCGACCGUGGCUACCAUACUUACUGUUUCCGUCCAAAAAUGGAAAACAUUCCUGAUGGUGACUGGUAUUGUCACGAGUGUAUGAACAAAGCGACAGGCGAACGCAAUUGUUUGGUGUGCGGCAAGAGAGUGGGUAAAAACUUGGUCCUGUGUGAACUCUGCCCUAGGGCUUAUCACACCGACUGCCACAAUCCCGUGAUGCCAAAAAUGCCGCGCGGGAAAUGGUAUUGCUCUAAUUGCCACAGUAAACAACCAAAGAAGAGAAAUAGUAGUCGAAGGAGUCAUACCAAAGGGGGAGGCACCAGAGAAAGUGAAAGUUCUGACCAUCCACCAGCUAGUCCAACGCCAUCAACGGCAUCGAACACACACGUAGAGGACGUCAGUUCGUCGGAACCGGCGACUCCUACCGCUUCACCACGGAAGGAGGGUAACAAUAGGACACUCACAAAGAAGCAACAACGAGAGCUGGCACCAUGUAAGGUACUCCUCGAACAGUUGGAGCAACAGGAUGAGGCUUGGCCGUUCCUCCUGCCAGUGAACACCAAACAGUUCCCGACCUACAAGAAAAUCAUAAAAACCCCUAUGGAUCUCAGUACGAUUAAGAAGAAGUUGCAGGACUCCGCGUACAAGUCUCGCGAUGAGUUUUGCGCCGAUGUCAGGCAGAUGUUCAUCAACUGCGAAGUAUUCAACGAGGACGACAGUCCUGUGGGCAAGGCCGGCCAUGGAAUGCGCAGUUUCUUCGAAAUGCGCUGGACCGAGAUCACAGGCUCCCCGCCUCCGCAUCCGCAAACACAUAGCUGAGGCUCGGUACGUUCGCGCAACAACACCUGCAACAGUUUCGCCCAUUUCUACUACUAGAAUAUAAUACAUACAACAACACACAGCGUCAAUGAUCAACAUGUCGUGGACGUUCGAUCAAGAGAGAAAGAAAGAGAGAGAGAAAGUGAAAGCGAGAGAGAGAAAGAAUGUGAGAGAAAAAGAGAAGGACACGAUGUAUGAUUCCCUUCUAUCCACUUCCGAGCAUUAGUCGGUCUCGUUCUAGCGACCGACCGAACAUUUUCCGUUCGUUGUAAUAAUAAUAUUAAUAAUAAUACUAUUAAUAAUAAUAAUCGCUGAGCGCGGCGCUACCCCUCGCCCGUGUGUCGUUCGUAUCGCUCGUUAUAAUUGCCGUGAUACCGCGAGGCUACGCGCCGCUCCUCCCUCGCGCUCUCGAGGGCCGCGCGUACUUUAUUCCUCCCCCGUGUUUAGCCACCGACGACGUUGUCUUGUCGAACUUGUCUUGUCGUUGUAUAAAGUAAUCACAUUGAGAACCGUUCUCUUUCAGUCCGCCGCCGUAUUUAUACCUUGUUUAACUUUGGUAUGAGACUUGACGGCGACGGUUGCGCGAGAAACUCCGCUCUCGAUCGAAGAUAUCCUCCUUAUUCCGUGAUUUCGCGACUUCCCGAGAGUUUCGUCUUGACAUCGACGUGCUGAUCGACGAAAUUAUCGUCGUUCCGAUCCCCACGCGAUACUCGGGAUAUGGAACAACGCGAGAAUGGACAUUGUACUUAUCGAGUAAACGAUUGCCUAAAAGCGUGUGAGUGUAAUUUGCGAUUGUAUUAUAUGGGCUUAAUAUUACCAAUGCGUUGAUGAGAGAAAUAUUUUGCAAAAUAAUACAUGUGAGUGAGAGAGAGAGAGAGAGAGAGAGAGAGAGAGAGAGAGAGAGAGAGAGGCAAUGAGAAAAAGAGAAAAGUUAUAAAUAUAUAAAUAUAUAUAUGAAUAUAUAAUGUAUAUGUAUACAGGAUAUAUAUAUAUAUAUAUACAUAUUAAAACACACAUCAUACACAAAUACGUACAUACACGUACACAUCCUCGCCCACGGAUGAGCACGAUAAGGGUAUUAUUCGCCGUGUAGAAAGUAGAGUAGAUAGGAAAGCGAACAAAGUGAAAAGUUCGAGUCGACGACGAAAUUUCAACGCCGUAUCGCAGGACUAUCUCGGUUUCGAUAUUUUUUUGCUUUCGGUAUUUAUGUUUAUGUUGAGCGAAUAUGCAAAUGGAGAAAAAGAGAAAGAAAGAUGCACGAAGUACGAAAACUUGGUUGAACGUGGCGAAGAGGAAAAGAAACAAAGAGAGUAUUCGUGUCAGUAUUUCGGGGCAAGGACGCGUGUCCUUACCGUGACUAUUAAUUGAUAAUUCUCGGACUUAAUAAAUUAAUAUAAUUAGACAUAGGCGUGAUCGCUUCUGUGGAGAUAAGAAAAAUUAUGCGAUUUGUUUUAACGUGCUCAACAAUCACAUCGCACAUGUCAUCGUUACGUUAAGAAGAGGCACUCGUUAUCGCUGACAAAAGAAAGUAAGCGAAAUCAUUUUAAAAUUCUUCGUCAGUUUAAUUUUCAAGUGUUGCGACGCGAAAGGAAAAAAGAGAGGAAAACGUCGUUUUGAAUAAGGAUACGUUCGUGCGUGCAUCAAUCCAGAAUCAUCCACUGCCGUUAAAAUUUGAUGCGAAGAGAGUUGUAGCGUAACGUGUUCAUAUCGUACGCACGUAUACGAGAAAUUACUAAUUAAUUUGGCACGCGCGGAAAGUAUCAUACGUUAUCCGUGGAAACGGAAAAGAGAAACGAAAGAGAGAGAGACGAGCAUACACUUUCUCCGGUCUCCUGCUUUUUCAUUUGUCGAAUAUGACGAAGGUUCCGUGUUGACAUACACAAACACACUCAUACAUACAUUCAUACAUAAACACAUGCGAAAUUAGUCGUUCAGGGAUGAUGUAAAUGUUGGAGAAAACUAUCAUCUAAUCGUCACUAGUUAGCGCGUUCGAGAAUUUGCGAUUGUUAGCGUGAGAAAAAAGAGAAAAGAAACGCAAGUGAUCAUCAUUUGGAUACAAAAGACGAUAAAAGAGAAGCGAGAUCGCGUCGCGAGACGAGCGCGCUUUUUGAAGAAAACGAAUUAUCCGGGAGAAUAACAUAAUAAGAAGGAGACAAAAGAUGGACAGUUGAUGUUGGUUUCGGUUCAGAUCCGGCAAGGAAAACACCACGCUGUAUGUUUUUUCUGUGUCGCAUUGCGAUGCGUUCUGAUUGCUACGAUUGUAUAAGGUGUGUUGUGCUCGCGAUUUUAACAGCGCUAAUUUCGACGAUGGAAUAUCUCGCGGCUGAGUCUCCAUAAAGAAGGGAGAUCUUUCCAAGAACGACGACAACGACGACAACGACGACAACGACGACGACGACGACGAUGACGAUUACGAUGACAAUGAUAAUGAUAAAGAUGAUGAUGAUAACGAUAAUAAUGAUGAUAAUGUGAACGACGAUAGCUCGAUCGUGUAUGAGCCGCUGGUCUUUUUUCAAUUGAAAUAUAUAGUUGUCGUUGCUACUACUGCUGCUACUGCAUUGCAGUAGAAUAAAAAAACGGAAAGAUAGCGUAUUGCACUGUGCGAAGAGAAAGAAAGGGGGAGAGAGAAAAGAGGGAGAGGAAGAGAGAGAAAUUAGGUGUCGGAUUAAUGGUGAAUUUCUCCGAUUGUAAUUCAAGUCGCGCGGUACCUUCGUAAAGAGUGCUCUGCGACCAUUGCGUGAAACGACAGUAACGAUGUAACGAGAGCGUUCACGCUGCAUCUUGUUUUGUAUGUAAUUGAUGUACAUUAUUGCUCGUAAUAGCGUAUAGUCGGUAAUAACACGAGAGAAGGAGAAAAAGAGAGAACUGGAGAGAAAGAGUGAGAAUGAGAGUGAGAGUGUAAGAGUAAGAAAGAGAGUGUGAGCGACGAAGGAAAAAGGAGAAAGAGAGUUCAGCCGUAAUGUGACGUGCUGCUAAAUGAUUACGAUUUAAAGAAAUAAGAAGAAAAAAAAAGAAAAAACAUUCGUAGUGUGUACAAGUAUUAGCUAGAAUAUAAACACCAGCGAGUAGAGAAGGUUGAGAGGAAGAGAGGAAGGGGGAGGGGAGCGACUACGAUGCGAAAAAUAAUUAUCCUGCAGGGUGCGACUGAAACACACAACAGCGACGGUAUUUCCAUGUUGUCGUAAGCGAUAAAUUUUUAAGGGACAUGCGGUAACAGCCGGUAAGAUCGCGGACAAGACUUGCGCCGAGAAUUCGCGAAUAAGAAUUUUUUAAAAUUAUAUUUUAUUAUUUUUUUUUAAUUAAGUACCGGCAAACACAAGUCAUUGUUUUCGCCCAUCAAAGCUGUGUAUAAAGUAUCGUUACCUUAUGAUUUUAAGAAUCCAAGGAUGUAUAAUUUUAGAUAAAAUGCGACGAUCCAUGUCCGUGUGCUAUGUACUAUGUGUAUAUAGUAUUUGUAUGGAAUUUUUCUAGCGAAGCUUUUACGUUUUAUUUCUUAUUGGAUUGCGCGAGAUCUGCUUCGCGAUGAUGUUCGCAAAGCUGUCCUAACGUGAAUCAACUUGUUAUUCGGACGUUUAAUUUCGCGGACAUCGCGAGUCCGUUCUCCUUUUUCUUCCUUUGUUUCUUUCUUGUUUGUAAAAUAAAGAGAAAGAGGGAGAGCGAGCGCAGACUGUGGGGCAUUUUGUCGAUCUUACCGAUUGUUCUCGGAGAGACACACUAUGUGCCGCUUCGUUCGUGUACGUCUCACACCGUCAUACAGUAGCCGAUGCGUUAGACAUCUCAUACAUUCAAACGACAAACUGACAACAAGAACAAGUAAUUUUUUAAAAUUCAAUUAUUAUUUAAAUAGUACAGUUACAUUGUUAGUACGAAUAAUGACGCUUUUUAUACGAAUUUUAGUUUUUAAACGUCGAUUUUACGAUAUACAUAUAUAUAUAUAUAUAGUAUAUAUAUAUAUAGUAUAUAUAAUGAUAAUGAGAGACAAUGGUAAAAUAGUAAUAAUAAACUGAUAUUGAUUAAUGGAACGGAUAAAGAGAAACAAAGGAAGUGCAUGGAAGGAGAGAAAGAGAGCGAAAGAAAAAGAAAGAGGAAAAGAGAGAAAGAAAAACAAGCGUGCGUGCGUGUGAAUGUGAGUGAAAUCGAAAGAACGAGCGAGCGAGAGAGAGAAAGAAAGAUUUAAGUUAGAUGAUUGUUUGUCUAUAGUAUAUACGAAGGCAUACUUUAGGUAGCCUCCGAUGCUAUUUAAACAAACUUAAUUAAUGUAUUGCAAAUGAAUUAAUAAAGUGUAAGCGAAGCGUGUAUCUGUA